CAUGUCGAGCUUGUUGUGCCUCAUGGAGAACCACGUGUUUGUCCGACAGGAAACAAAUGCUGAGUGUGUGCAGCGCAGCUAUUGUAAUAUUUGCACGCAGCAAAGCUCUGGCUGCUAUGAUAUGUGCGGGAAUUGAAUGACUUGACAUAAGCAUAAUCUUCCAGGCCUUUUAAGCUAAAGCAGCGAUGGAUACAACGACUGACGAGCCUCCGGCCUCUCACGAGUCCAACGGUGCCAAAGUGUCGUGCAAUUGUGCCGAGAAUACUAAUACGACAAAUCAUGGAGCCAGCGUGACCUGCGACCAAGAGGCUGUGAAUGGUAGCGGAACUUCGUUGAUCGACGAUGUGUCGCAGGCAGGAGCCGCUGAAAGAAUGCAGAACGGAUGCAACGAAAACGUGUUGGACGCCGUUCUGACAGUAGCGGUGGGUGGAGUGUCGCUUCCUUCGGCUUGUGAAAAAGACAUACUGGCAUCAAAGGACGCGACAGGCAGAAACUCUGCGUAUUUAAGUUCACAUGCACUUCCUGCAUCCGACGACAUUGCGGAUACUGUGAACGGUACGCAAGCUGACCUUGCGCGUGUUGAUGUUCAGCCGUCUAUUGACGGUACCGGUACCAAAAACAACAUGGAGUGCUUUUCGCACCAGUUAACUUCGUUGCAGUUGAACGAAAGUGCUGGGGACGUCGCUUCGGCUGACAGGGAUGGUAUUGAUCGAGCCAUCGUAAAUUUGGUGUGGGACAUUUUAGGUCGUGUCGAUAACAGCAACACAUAUGAUGCUGCAGUGGUGUGUUCAUCUACGGAUACUGACAGUAUCCGUCGAGAGCUUGUCGGUGUGGAGGAAAGUACCGCAGUCUCUCUUGCCCACAGCUCUCCGGGUAAGGCGCAGACGCUCUCCAAAGCUCCCCUGGCACCCUACCGAAACAACGGAGAGGACAUGUCGGCUGACAGCUCGUCAUCCUCCUCGUCAUCCUCAGACAGCGACGUCGAUGUCGUCGUGACGCAAGUCCAGCGUCGCCCUCCCAAAAGAGGUGAGCCCGACGAUUGCUCGGACGGCGGUGAAGUCGACGGUCAGGGGUCGACGACCAAGCACUGUGCGGGCCGCGGCGGCGGAAGGCCCCGCUACCGUGGUGUGAAGACUCCGGGCGAGCUGGACAUUGAGGACCUGCCCCCCAUCGAGGACUUGCACAUCACGCUGCCGCGCACGGAGCUCCGGCAGGCGGGCCGCGUCAAGCAUGCUGUUGACCAGUUGCUCGUGGUGGAGACUGAACGAGGUCAGCCCGUGCUCGACCUGGAUUCGGUGCUGUUCCGCGCCGACGGCACGGCCUUGGGACGCGUCUUUGACGUGCUAGGCCCCGUGGCAGCGCCCUACUACACGGUGCGUUUCAACUCGGCUCAGGAGCUGACCGAACGCGCCCUGGAGCCGGGUGAGCCGGUGCUGUACGCCCCGCUGCACGCGGACGUGACUCAGUAUGUGCUCGAGUCGGAGGUGCGCAAGCAGCGCGGCUCGGACGCCUCGUGGGAGAACAACAACGAGCCACCGCCCGAGCACCUGGACUUCUCUGACGACGAGCAGGAGCGUGAGGUUCGCAAGCAGCUUCGCGCAUCCCGGACCGCAGCGUACGGGGGAUCUGACGGUACGGGGGAUCGUCCUGGCGGCGACCAACGGCCUCGUGGUGCUCCGAGGGGCCGGGGAAGGGGCAGAGGCAGAGGUGCGCCUAGGGGCGGUCAUAACAGAGAGCAACAACCGAGGCAUCAGCCACCGGAGGCGGCCAGUGGUGGUGUGCGCUCGCAUACCGAUGGGCCCCCAAUGCCUGUUUAUUUCCAGGAGAGUCGCAGUAGGCCUCAGUGGCCACCAUCGUUGAGCCCGCAGCAGCGCUGGCCUGGUGGCAGCGAACCGGCCAGAUUUCAGCCAAACGUGCCACCAUUAACUACAGGUCCUUCGCAGUUACCAUGGCCUGCAAGCCCACAGUGUAACAACAGUGGGCCAAACAUUUGGAACACCCCACCGCCUUCUUUGUCCAGGCCACCACCGCUACCCUGGCAGCAGAGCAGGCAAUGGCUUAACCAGCCUCCUGCAUUUCCGGACUUGAGGACCCCGCCUCCUAAUUUCGGCUGUGCUGUGUCAUCACCUUGCCCUCCUCGAGCAACUUUCGCAAGUCCCCACAGUCUGCACGCCAACACUGCUGUAGGUCGAUCAGGCUAUCGGCAGGCUAGUGCAGUGAGUCAUCCCGAUCCAAGUGCUCUACCGUCACCUGUUUACAACAGUGCAGGGCAUAGGGUCCCCUUGUAUGACCCUGUUCCAGACCUUCAGCGCAUUCUUGCCACACCACCACCACCACCACCACCAUUGAAAGGCUAAGGGGCAGUUGCAUUUUAGUACAGUGUUGUUCAUGCAGUAGUUCAUGUUAAUAAUUGAAGUUGUUCUUAGGGUUUGCUUUUCAUAGAAAUGACUUAAUCAUGCCUGAUUUUUGCAUCUGAUUUGCUUGGAACAGUGUGACACGGCCUGCUUGGCUACAGAUUGCAUGUUAUGAUUUGAUAACGGCAGUAACUUUGACACAAAAACACCUCAUGGUGCAAGUGCAAGGCACUGGCAUUGCAUUCCAUUACGUGUGAUGCUUAGUAUGAGACCAUUUAUCAUGAAAGGAAAAAAUGCUAUUCACCCAGCAGUGGCAUGAAGCUACAAAGGAAUCCCGUAUGGGUUUCGUUUAUAGCUUUGUGCGACAGUUGGGUGGAUGACAAUCUUUUCUUUUGUGAACCUUCCUCCACCUUGUAUGCUUCUGCAGAAUUGAUUUGUCAAGGCAGGCUUUCUGCACUUAAACAUUGCAGUGCAUAGAGUUGGAGAUCAUUUGCCACUUUCGCUUGUGUUGCUGUACUUGUCAUGAGUGGAAAUGCCCCAACACUUGCGUGUAAGUUUUCAAUUAAUCAGAAAAGGGAACACGUGUUAUGAACUUGGGCAUCAAUGUUCCUUGUAGGUGGAACAAGUGUUUACCGCUGUUUCUCAUCGAAUGCUUUAUGGCAUUUUUAAUAAAUCGGAAAGAAUAAAAAAUGUAGUUUGUAAGA